UGGAAAGUAUAUUUGUGUUACCUUUUCGAUCCUUGCUUCCCAUCAUCAUCACCCUGUAAUACUGCUCACCCACCUACCACCCAACCCGCCUUCCAAGAAACAUGACUCGCUCGUCCAAUCUGGAGACUUGGAUUCAAAUAGCUAAGGUUGCUGCGACCGCUGGGGAAAUGGCACCAUUUCCGUAUAUCAAAGGCCUUUGUGGAUGUGUUGUACUCAUACUAGAGGCCAUUCAGAAAGCUGACACGAAUGAUGAAGAUCUACUAGAUUUGGCGGAGAGCAUAGAGAAGACAGUAGAGAUGAUUCAGAAUGCCGUUAUAGAACACGGCGAAAGUGGCGCUCUCCGUUUCCGUGGUGUUUGCGCAGAGCUUGAAAUAUACUUAACCAAUUUACUUACCGAGUUAAACAGCACCCGGCGCAAGUCCCGUGGCUUCAAGCGUUUCUUGAAAACAAAUAAAGUAUCUGACGCUGUUACUGGUUACCAGGAACGCGUGCGCGCGAUCAAAGCAGACUUUCUGAUUCACACAGCUAUCGACUCGCGCUUCGUUAUUUCAGAUAUCAAGGAUGAAUUAAGGACCGGUACAGAGGCUCUUACCAGUGCCAUCGAGACGUUGCAAAGGCAUACCAUGGCUAAUAUCGACAAGCACGCAGACAGCAUAUGCGAAGAGAUACACACAUUGGGUGUCCUGCAGAGCAAGAAAGCCGAUGAACUUAGUGCAGACGUCCAGACAUUGAAGGAGCGGAACAGCUAUAAAGGAUCUGUUCGGAAUGUUCUUCUCGGGGAUAUCCAUUUGAGAGAUCGCCUCGACCACCCAAACGAUUUCGCCGUGUUUACUCAUUAUAAUGCCGACAUUGGUAAUGCACCUAAAAUUGUUCAUGUAUAUCGACGUAGUACCCACAGCAAGUUGAAUGAGCAAGAUGUCAUGCGACAAUUCCACAUAGACGCUGAUAAACUGAUAAAACUUAAACAUCAAAAUAUUGCCCAGGUCUUUGGUGUGUGCAGGUCUCCGGAAUUUCCUGCGAUUAUACUUCAUGGUAAUGAUAAUCAUAAAUUCUUUUCGAAAUUCCAAGUUUAUGUCCGUCUGCAGGUACCACGCAACACCGAGUCGAAGACUAUCGUGUGUCUCUGACUGCAACUCAGUUGUUGCAUUUCCAUUUUCAACUGGUGGGCUUCUCCGAAAUAUACUGUAAUGCUACUCAAAUUACGUGCCUUUCUGUAGUUCAAUGAUUUGGAGGUGCCGCAUUUCUCG